AUGGUGAGUAAAAUAGCCAAACGGAAAGCUGAGGCUUCAGGCUCAAGCUCAAAGUUUUCAGAGACGUUUUCGGCUAGCUGGAACGCUUACUACAAGCAAGUUUCUGGAAACCUGCACCUGCGGCUGAUUGAUAGUUUCCUGGUAGUCCUAGUCGCAGCAGGCAUUGUCCAAUUUCUGUUUGCGUGUAUUAUCGGUGACAGCUUUCCUUUGAAUGCAUUUUUGGCCGGUUUUUGUGCCUGUGUAGGCCAAUUUGUUCUUCUGGUCAGUUUGCGUAUGCAAUGGGUGGAACCAUUCCCUGGAGUUAGCCGUGAUCGCGCAUUUGUGGAAUUUGUGGGUGGAAGUCUCGUUUUGCACUUUUUGAGCUUGCAUUUUGUUAAUUGA